UUCGUCGGCUGGCCGGAACACCAAGCGCAUUCUUCCUGGUUCCGCAAAACCCGCCGAGCAAGCACAGUCCAAAGCACUGCACUCAACCUCAAUCACAAAAACUCGCAAUCGUAGCGAUCACGGCGUGAAACCACUCGCCCCAGACGCCCGCGCGCGCGACUCGAGCGCGCGGACGCGCGCUCACCUUUGCUGGCUCACAGGCACAAACAUCACAACUAUGGCCUCUUACGCUACCAUCCCGGCCGAGGCCGAGACCGAGAAGCCGCUUCUGAACCGCGACGUGCGCGUCAACCUCAAGACCGUCAUCGGCGGCGCCGCCGUCGCGUCGUUCGUCCUCGGCGCGCUCGCCGCGGCCGUCGUGAGCGGGCCCGCGCGCACGAACUCCGCCGCGCUCUACGCGCACAGCGGCUACCAGCUGAACGCCCAGACGCCGAUGGCUUUCUCGUCUGGUCUUUUAAAGGACGGCGCGCAUUGCAAGGGCGACAAUUUCUGCGCGAGUGGUGAUUGCCAGGGGCGCAACAGCAAGUGGUGCCUCGCGGUCGAGGACCACAACAACGUCCAUGAAGGCACGAAGCUCCAGCUCUACGAGUGCUCGCACCCGGUCGGCCAGACGUUCCAGGUCGAAAAGAACAAAGACGGCUCGAUGAACCUCCGCUACGGAAACACUGACUUCUGCGUGGACGCGCUCGGAGGCACCAAGUUCACGAACCACGGCUCCUACUUCGGGCUCUACCCUUGCCGCACGAACGGGUUCAACCAGGAACUGACGCACACCAAGAUCGGCACGCUCGAGCUCACGGAGUUCCCGGGGAACCUUUGCAUGACGGUGAAGAACGGCCUUCUCGCCGAGGGCUCGCACAUCGUCGGCGCGCCCUGCACCGGCCACGGCGGCCUCCUCGACCAGUUCCAGCUGUGGGACAUCGAGGGGUCCACGCCCGCGCCGGCGCCGACGCCGUCGACCAACACGUGCGGCAAGACCUGCAAGAGCAACAGGGACUGCGCCACGGGCGGCUUCCUCGAGUGCGGUCAGUGCAACCUUCAGCACGGCACGGAUGGCUUCCAGACCUGCAUGGCCGCGCCGACGACGCCUCCGACGGACGCGCCCCCGAACCCGUGCGGCAAGCCGUGCAAAGAAGACAAGGACUGUAACGGGAAGGGCGGCUUCUUCGGGAACACGUGCCUUGUCGCCGGCACCCGUUGCGCCGGCCACUGUGCCAAGCGGGACUAGGCGUCUGAGACGACCAAGCUCUCCUUUUCCUCCCCGCGCGACCCGACCUCUCCCCGCCCACUUUCGAGUAAUCUCCACCAAUUCUGAA